CAGACUUUCAAUAGACUUUCAGAAUCCGAGGAGCUUGAUCUGAAGGCCGCCGGGAGCAAAGGAGGGGCUACAGCUUGGGUUUUCGAUUCGGGAACACAAGUGCAAAAAUGAAUUUCAUGGACGAGGAUGCUUCUUCGGGCUCUGGCGAUGACGCCAAUGUGGUCGAUGGAAACAAGCAUCAGCCUGGGAUACCGUCAAACUCAGGGCGUAGGAAGAGAAGUCGCAAGGCUACGGGUGAUGCUAUAGUGGAUGCUAUGCUAGAAAUAGCUGCCGCGUCGAAAAUGAGGGCGAAUGCAAUAGUGAAGAGCGAGGAUCGGUUUUCUAUAAGCAAGUGCAUAAAGGUAUUGGAUGAGAUGCUAGGCAUUGAUCAGCAGAUCUACUUUCUUGCAUUGGAUCUGUUUGAGAAUGCUAAUGCGAGAGAGACUUUUAUCUCUCUUAAAAGUGAGAAGCGAUUACUGUGGUUGCAGCGCAAGUUUAGUGCUUCCUCUAAUUGAAUUGCGUGGGCGGUUUUUUUUUGUCCCUUUCUUUGUGUUGUUAAGGUGGCAAAAGUUCUAAUGGAUUGUAUCAAGUUUUCUCUAAGGACCAUGAAUAUUGUAACUAGUAUCAUUUGGAUUUGGAGUAAUUCAUUUUAUAAUUAUAGAGUUGGAUGGUAUUUAGCUGUUCUAAGUUCCUUGUAUUGUUUACUUUUGGUUGUGUCUGAAGCCCAUAUACACAAU